AACCCCAAGUGUGUGGAGAAUGCAAAAUAUUUGAUCAUGCUACAAGUUUGUGUCCAAGUAAACCGAAAACUCAAGCUCCUAGUAAACUCAAACAAGAGUGGAAGGCCAAAGAAGUAGCCGAGACGCAAGAGGAAGGCAAGCCAAGUGAAUGGGUUGAAGUGAAAAAGAAAAAAGGCAAGGAUGUCGUUGAUGCUCCUAUGGUUAACUUUGUUCCUACACCUCCUCCAUCUUCAUCGAAUGCAUUUAAUAUUCUCAAUAGUUGUGUAGCCAAUAAGGAGUUUCUUUUUGUGCAGAUCUUACGAGCAUGCUUAAUGCGAAUUGUUCCUCUUUGAAAGUAACCCUUCAAAAGAUAUUCCGAAUGAAGAGGCUUCAAAGGAAAAGAAAGAAAUUGUCGGGAAUGUGGGUAAUAUAAAUGAUUUAGCCCCUAGAUGAUCUUCACGUCCCAAAGGAGCUCCCCAAUCCCUUUCAGAUGGAACAUUUGUUGUUCCAUAGAUAAACCCAUCUUCAAGAGUGAAAAACAAGAAAAAACUUCUUAAGAGAAUUGCUAAUCUUAAACUUGCUCAAGAGGUAAGCCUCUCUAUGAAAUCUAAGAAAUCAAGUUGUAAGACUCCUAUGAAAUCGUAGGCAUGUCUGUUGAUUGUUGCUUGGCCUAACUUUUGGAUUCUCCUUGUAUGUUUAUCUACUUGUUAGAUUUUUGUGUAAAAGCUAGGCAUGUUUUUUCCCUCCUUGAAGGGAGUGUUGCCUUUGGACAUGCAAUGAGCCUCACUGUAAUAUCUAUUUAAACAAAAAAAAA